CUAGUUUUCUUUCAUUUGGUCUGUUUUUCAUUCAGGUUUCACCAUUCACCUUUCUUGGUUCCCCAUGAUUCUGUUCCCAGGUUAGGAUUCAGUUCUAUACCUUUCAAGAUUCUUUCCUUCCCUUCAACUUUGCUCGAUUACUAUAUAUUUCUUUUGUAUUUACUGGGCAUUUUCUUAGCUUAAUGUUUCUUUUAAGUUGAAACAUAAGUGGCCACUGGGGAGGGAGAGCAACUUCAAUGGUGAUAAAGCUUUCAACUUUAAUUCUUCCCAGGAAAAUUCCCAAAUGGGUUUGUUCAAAACCCUAUUUUUCUUCACUUUCUGGUGCUUGUAGAAUUCAAAACAAUCCAGAAUCCAAUCAACCCUCUACCAGUUCUUCUGACUUUGUAACCAAGAUUCAAUUUUUAAAGAAUAAGCUUCACCCAGAAACAUUAGCCGGUGUUCUUGAUUCCACAGCUGAUUUGGAUUCUUCAUUGAAGUUAUUCAAAUGGGCUUCCCUUCAAAAAAGGUUCCAUCACUCUGCUGAUACUUAUUUUCAAAUUAUCUUGAAGUUAGGUAUGGCUGGGAAAAUAGAUGAAAUUGAAGGAUUUUGUAAUGAGAUGGUAAAGGAUAAAUGCCCAAAUUUUGAACAAGUUCUUUUGGAUUUGCUUGAUAUAUUUGUUAGAAAUAGUAGGCUUAGUGAGGCUUUAUGUGUUCUUUCUUGUAUAAAUUUGUGUACCUUAAAUCCCUCUAUAUCUGUAUUUAAUCAAUUAUUGGGCGCACUUGUCAAGGAAAAGAAAGAAUUUAAGGAUGUAUUGUUCGUAUAUAAAGAGAUUGUGAAAGCUGGAAUUGGUCCCAAUAUUGAUACACUUAAUUCUCUGAUAGAGGCUUUAUUUGCUGCUGAUCGCGCUGAUACUGCAUUGGAGCAAUACAAACGACUUCAUAAGAAAGGUUGUAGUCCUAAUGGUAGGACUUUUCAGAUAAUUAUUGGUGAACUUGUUGCAAGGGGUAGAGUGGAUGAAGCACUUGUAAUUUUAGAUGAUAUGUUUAGAAUACGGUGUGAACCAGAUUAUUCUAGCUUUUACGCUCAUAUAAUUCCUUUUUUUUGUGAUAUGAAUGAAUUAGAUGUAGUAAGGAGGUUGUUUUCUGUGAUGAGAGCGUCUAAGGUUCUUCCGGAUUCAUCAACUUAUGGGGCAAUGAUAAAGUGUUUGUGUUGGAAUCUUCUCGUGGAUGAUGCUGUAAAACUUGUAGAUGAGAUGGUGUAUAAUGAUGUUUGGCCAGAUGAUGAUGUGUUCAUGAGUAUAAUAGAUGGAUUAUGUGAAUUGAAUAUGUUGAGUGAAGCUAAGGAGUUUUUGAGUGACAAAGAAGUUGCAAGUGUAUUGCCUUACAAUGCGCUUCUUGAAGCUAUUCUAAUUGAUGGCAGCUUUAAUAUGGCAAGAGAUCUGUUUGAUGAAAUGUUUGAGAGAAACAUUACAGAUCAUCGUUCUUGGAAUAUCAUGAUUCAAUACUUGUGUGGUAAUAAAAGGCUGAAAGAUGCCUUGAAAUAUCUUGCUAGAAUGAUUGUUUCCUCCGUUAGUCUUGAUUCAUCUACAUAUUCUGCUCUCAUCGUUGGCAACUGCAAAUUAGGUAAAUGUGAGGAUGCUUUGGCAUUGUUUCAUCAACUUAGCUCCAAAUCUGGGUUAUUAGAUUUGGUAUCAUACGCUCAACUUAUUGAGUGUCUUUGCCAGAAGGAAGAGAUUCAAGAAGCCACCGAAGUGUUUUGCUUCAUGUCAACAAAGAGAUAUGCUCUUCAAUCGACCUCGUUUGGCAAGCUUAUGGAUGGACUUUGUGCUAGUGGGUACACAGUUAGAGCAAUCAAAUUGCUACCAAUUGCAUAUUAUUGUGGUACAUUGUCUUCUCCUUCUGCUUACAACAGCAUAAUGCAAGGCCUAUUCAGUUUAGGAAGAGCAAGUGGUCUCUUUAUGGUGCUCUCGAGAAUGGUUGUGGAUGGUUGUAAGCUGGAUGGGGAAACAUAUUGCAUUCUUAUUCAGAGCAUGAUUUCGCUUGGACAUAUAGAGAAGUCGGUUCUAUUCUUGGAUAUGAUGCUUAGUCAGGGUUUAUUACCGAAUUCGGAAACACUUUCUAAACUUCUGGAGUAUCUGGUGGAAAACACUCAGGUCCACAUGAUAUUUUCUUCAAUAGAUAAGCUUGUCUCAGAAUUUGAAGUUGUUGAUUCAGCCAUGUACAAUAUGCUGAUAAAUAGUCUCUUGAAAGAGGGAUACAAAGACAAGGCCUCUUUCUUACUUGAUUUAAUGUUGGAAAAGGGCUGGGUUCCUGAUGCUAGUACUCAUGCUUUAUUAGUGGGUUCCAGUGUGGAAGAUGAAACAGAUACUCAAAAUCCUUCAUGUGACAAAUUUGUCACACAGGAUAAUGUUGGCAAUAUACUUGCUGAGGGCCUCGGGAAAUUUGAUGGACAUGACUACAGAUUAUAAUACUUAAAUUGGGAUCUUGUUCCAGCAAUCAAUUUGGCAGAUGCGUGCAUAAAGAUAUAUGCGGUGCGGUCUACAAAAAUUACGACGUAUAAGGGCUUAUCUCGUAGUUUUUGCUGAUCAUCUCUGUUUUCCAAAUCAUCCAUUUGAUACCUGCUUCAAUUUUGAAGGGCUCAUCAAUUUUUCAAAGCACACCUAGAAGUGAAUAUUACACAACCAAUAUCAAAGGUUAAUUGUGUCACAUGCUGAGCAGCUAUGUAGUUGUAGAUAUUGAGAAAUGCUCGAUUUAACGAAGCUCAAUUCAUGUGCGGCUCAGCGCAUUUUUCUGUUGGAAGGCACAAGAUAUGCCCAGCUCUUAACAUCCUCUCAAUAUAUGCUCAGGGAAGUUCUAGCUCAGUUAGAAGGAAUAAGAAGGAAGAUCAGAACACUGCUUAGCUAGUCACUCAAGCUGUGACCGAAAUAUAGUUAAUGUACCCAUUUCAAUUUCGAGUUGUAAAUUUGUUUUAUAAGUCCAGACCUUCAUAGCGAGUUCCACGAUUACUAGCUUUCUCGUUUUAGCUAUUUCACAGACCACAUCAUGUAUAUAGGGAGCUCACACAUUGUACAUCGUACGCCAAACACAAAUGAGUGAAAUACUGUGCCUUUUCUGAUAUUGUUGCUCAUUUCGUGUGAU